GGCCGAGCUCCCCCCAGCCCAGCCCCUCUGUGCUGGCCAGUUAGCCCAACCCAAGCCGGGGUCCACCCCUACUGGCCUUCGGGUCCAGGGCGCCCCAGGCACUUCCCCUUAGCUCUAUUUUUACACCAGGAGCACUUGCCGUGUCUAUUUAUAUCACUCCCCAUCUUGAGUUUCUGUUCAUCUCAUACUCUGGCCAGAGCCUCCCUCGAUCCUGCCUCUCGGUCCACUCACUCCAAGGCCAAGUGGGUGCGGAGCACGGCGGAGGCCACAGCUCACUUGGAGAGGUGGUCCUGGGGAAAACUGUGACUGUUUGCAGCUGAAGGAAGAUGCAAGAAACCCACACACACAGCGCGGUGGCCGCUUUGGGGAUGACUAAAUUCAACUGAGAUGUGAAUUCCGCAAAAUCUACCCAACAGAACUCUGGGCGCCGUGGACUCGGGAGGGGCCACCAGGACACUGGCUGACUGUCCCUAAGGGGUCCCAGGCCCUCCACCCUCUGAGGCCCAGCGCAGACACCCUCACUGGGGUGGCUGAGUCACUCCCAGUGCAGACUGGACCAGAGGCCAGAGGGUCACGCAGACGGCAGACGUUUAUCCACCAGGAGAAAGACGCCCCUUGGGCAGAGUCCCUUCAUUGGCACUGGCACAAAGCCACCACGCCUGUUCACUGCAGCAUCUUCAGCAGCCAUUAGAGGGCCCUCCUGAGCCAGGGCCUGGAGCCCAGCUGUGGGGUCAGGGUUUAAGAAGACCUUAGGAAAAAAAAAAAAAAGAGGCCCUUAGGAAACCCUUCAGUACCUCAGCUGAUUAAUUAAUUCUGAUCUUCCAUGUUUCCUGCAAAGGUGUCAAUGGAUAAAGGCAGAGAGCCGGGCACUUUGCUCUGGAGGAACGACAGCAAGGCGGGGUCUGCGCCUGCUCUGUGCCCACUCUGCGUGGCCUCCUUCACUUGCUCUGGACCCUAGAAUCCUCCUGAAGCCAUCUGACAGAUGACGAACCUGAGACAAAGAUGGCUCACAGGGCCACACAGCCAGGAGGGGUCCAAGUUGAGACUGAAAAGCAAAACUGAGCCAGAGCUUCCCGAACCUGUCCUUGGAGACGGUCUCGGCCCCUGAAGAGAAUCACGCCUGCCCUGGCCCCCAGCCUCGCCCUGCGCACCCUCCGGCAUGGCCUAACACCCCAGAAGGUCUACACAGCAGGUGCCUCGGUCCACCCUCACCCCACUCACCCUGGGACACCUUGAGCUCCAACCUCACUCCCCACCCCACCCGGGGUCCAAAUAGCCUCCCGUCACUGAAUUCAUCAGAUUCCAAGGAAAUGAAGAAGAACAGACAUGGGCCCCAGCGGCUGAUGUAAUAACGCAGGCCUGUCUGGACGUACUCAUUUACUUGGCCACGACUUCUUCGCUUCUGGGUCUCUCCCCAGCUGUCAUGGAAGGCCCAGGAGGUCAGGGAGGAGGGUCUCCCCCCAUCCCAUCCCCAUGCCCUGCUUUCGUCCAGUUCCUAGAGUGACACUGUAUGUGGUCCAGGGUCUGCUCCAGGCCCAGAGCACCAGCUGGGGGAGGGAUUCCCGGGCAGCGGGGACAUGCGUGAUUCUUAGGGAGAGGCGGCUUUCAGGAGCUGUGGUCGUAGGGCUUAGUAAGCCAGCGGCGCACCCCUCGCAGUGCCUGCUUUUACUCCUUCCUCACGGCCUUGAAAAUGCUGCUUCCAGCACACCCUGGGAUGAACGGGACAGACCCUGGACUUGCCCUUGGGGUGCUCCCAGCUGGAGGCCACUGCCCAGCACCCACAGCCUAGGCCUCUCCAACACGCCGCUGUGGGCAGACCUGCCCCAGAGCCCACCCCUCUACUGCUCACCACAUACUGGACCUUUGUCCCCAGACCCGACACGCCUCAGCCUGAACGCUGGCUCCCCCGCAGCCCAGCCCCACUUCCAAGCCCUCCCAGCAGGAUGCACAGCUAGAGGCCUCACACCUCACCCCUCCUCCCUGGCCUGUAGGAUCCCACCCUCCAGCUACCAGCUCCCCCACCUGGAUCCCUGUAGGGUCGGCCCGAACAGGGCUUCCCUCCAAGGAGCUUUCUGAAGCUCAAAUAUUGAGUGCCUACUGUGCACCAGGCUGCUGGGCCCCUUCCCAAGGACCCCCCCCCCCAAGGAGUCAGGGCUCAUGCCACCUGCCCCAAGCAUGGCAUUAACUUAAAGGCACUUGUGUUCUCUUAAAAGCAAAACAAAGCGGGUCCUCUUUGUCUCCUUAUGAAUUGGUCCAUAAUAAUCUUCUGACUCACUGCCCUGUUAAGGCACUUGACUCUCCUGUCAAACCUCCAAAAACAGGGACGGAUGCUACAGGCAUUUGUGCUUUACCUCCUGAGGCCUCAGUCACCCAGGGACCCCCUGUUCCUAGAGGUGAGUCACCUGGACGUAGGUUGUCCAGUUUAAUCGCCACGGCCUCAGAGGUCUCCAGCCAACUCCUGCCCCUGUUUUGAGUCUGGGCUGCUCCUGGGGCCCACAUGCUUUUCUGGCUCAUGGGCCUUGUUGAGGCCUGAGCUGGGUCAGAGGCUGGCGAUGUUCAAACCCAGGCCUCCAGACCCCUAGCUCAGGGCCCACCAGCCAUCACAAGCACUGGACUAGGAGUCAGCAGACCUGGGUUUGGGUCUCUGCUUACGGAAUGUUCUAUUUAGAUUCUAAGAAGAAGAAAAGGAAACCGCACAUAAUCGUCGGAUUCCUAGUGGCCUCUGUACCACCAGGGUUCACUACUUAUUGUACAUUCUCCUGACAUAUACCCCCUAGUACCAAGUAUAUAUAAUAUUUAAAACCUGUCCAUGAGAUACAUGUCCACGGCAACCCCCGUGUCGAUUUCAGAAACAGUAAAAUGCAAAUAAAAGAACUGUGUGAUCUGCCACACCGCAAGGUGUGGUCCUGACCACAGGAGCACGAAGAAGGAAGUUGGGCGCAGGCCUGAAGGCCUGAAGGUGUCACCUGACUCCCAUUGUGAGGAAGCGUCCAGCCAAGCCCGGUCCCAACCGGCCAAUCAGGACUUCGUGAGGCGCUGGGGAAGGAGGGCAGGGGGAAGUCUCUGACCCGGACCCUCCCCAGGGAGCAGGGAGGGGGUCCCUUGCCACUGCCAAUCUCGGGGACUGGGGGGGAGGGGCGGGGAGCGGCGUCGGAUUCGGCUCCUACUUAACCCCCCCGACCCCCCGCCGCCCAGCCACCCGCGUAGACAGGAGCCCAGCGCCCUCCCACUUCGCCUUCGCACCCUCCCUCCCCUCCGCCUGGCCCUCCAGGCCCGCAGGCCUCCCAGAGCCGCGGCUCGAGGACCGUCCCCUCCGGCCACACAGCGCCUGGCCGCCGAUAUGGACGCGCCGCCAUCUGGCCUCCCCCGCCUCGCGGCUCUCGGACCAGUCCAGGAACCUCCCCCACCUCACAACCUUCUGCGGCUCCCGCAGUUCGCGCUCAGGUGCGGGCCCGCGAGGGCCUGACCACGCUCCUCGCCCCCCCCCCGAGGUGAGCCAGGCGGCCGGAAGCCGCAGGCCCACCGCCAGGAGGGCGCACAGACGGGAGGGGCGAAGACUCCCCGAGGGGGUGUUUCGCCGCUUGAGGAGUGUGACAAUUAGUGUCCGAGCCUGCAGGCCUUGGAGGGUCCUGGCGCUUCCACGUUCGUUACCGCGGCGUGUCCCCAUUAUACAGGCGAGGACCCUGAGGCUGGGCGGCGGAGUCGGGAUCUAAACCCAGGCCCCAGGAUCCCAGGCCCAAUCCGGAGCGAGCGCACGCCACCGCCCGCCCCGCUGACCCACAUCGCGCACGCCGGGAAGCUCCUGGGCCGCGCCGGCCGUUGGCUCCCCGGCCGGGCCGGGCCCCACCUUCCCGCAGCAGCAUACAACCGGCUUCCUCUCCCGCCCGGGGCGGCGCGGGCGGGCGCACGAAGCACAUUCUUUGUCUGCAGCGCUUCGGCAGCUCCCCCGCCCGCCCGCCUGCCUGUUACGUGCCUCCCGCCCCGCCCGCCCCAGGUCCGCCCAGCCAAUGAAGCGCGGCGGCGGCGCGCAGGGCCCGGGGUGUUGUCCGAGCCUCGCCCGCCCGUUGGCUGAGCUCUGCGCCCCGUCCGAGCCCGGCCGGCAGGUCCGAGGGGCCGGACACGCCGACCGAGGUGAGGGACCACGGGCGGUGCGCUGGCGACAGCAAGGGCCAGCGAGCCGGCCAGCGAAGGACGUGCGCCCGGCAAGGAGUCGCGCGCUGAGCCGCCUUCGCCGCCGCCAGACCCCAGCCUGCGCGGUGCUCCGUGCCUGGAGGCGGCCAGGCCGAGUACCGGCCCAGCAGGGCAGGGGGAGCCCUCGACGGCGACCAGCCCGGCGAGGGGCUAGAGAAAGAGGACAAGGAGGAAGGGCGGCCUCACUGAGGACCCGGCAAUGGCGCUCGACUUUCUGGCUGGAUGCGCUGGGGGUGUGGCAGGUGUGCUGGUGGGACACCCGUUUGACACGGUCAAGGUGCGGCUCCAGGUCCAGAGCGUGGAGAAGCCCCAGUACCGAGGGACCUUGCACUGCUUCCAAGCCAUCAUCAAGCAGGAAGGCGUGCUGGGCCUGUACCGCGGCCUGGGCUCGCCCCUCCUGGGGCUCACCUUCAUCAACGCGCUGGUGUUCGGCGUGCAGGGCAACACCCUCCGGGCCCUGGGCCGGGACUCGCCGCUGAACCAGUUCCUGGCAGGCGCGGCGGCGGGCGCCAUCCAGUGUGUCAUCUGCUGCCCCAUGGAGCUGGCCAAGACGCGGCUGCAGCUGCAGGAGGCGGGGCCGGCCCGCACCUACCGCGGGCCCCUGGACUGCCUGGCGCAGGUCUACCGGCGGGAGGGCCUGCGCGGCGUCAACCGGGGCAUGGUGUCCACGCUGCUGCGCGAGACCCCCAGCUUCGGCGUCUACUUCCUCACCUACGACACGCUGACACGCGCGCUGGGCUGCGAGCCGGGCGACCGCCUGCUGGUGCCCAAGCUGCUACUGGCGGGCGGCACGUCGGGCAUCGCGUCCUGGCUCUCCACCUACCCCUUGGACGUGGUGAAGUCGCGGCUGCAGGCUGACGGGCUGCGGGGCGCCCCACGCUACCGGGGCAUCCUCGACUGCGUGCGCCAGAGCUACCGCGCCGAGGGCUGGCGCGUCUUCACGCGCGGGCUGGCCUCCACGCUGCUGCGCGCCUUCCCCGUCAACGCCGCCACCUUCGCCACCGUCACCGUGGUGCUCAGCUACGCGCGCGGCGAGGAGGCCCGGCCCGAGGGUGAUGCCGUGCCCGCCGCCCCGGCGGGGCCCGCCUUGGCCCAGCCCUCCAGCCUGUGACACCCGGGGCCCCCGGCACCAGAGGGCCCGACCUCUCCCGGGGCCGCUUUUCCAAAACGCAGCCUAGACAUAAAUUGGGGCCCUGACGCCAACCGCCCUGCACCGGACUCCCAGACCCCGUGGGCUGUGGACUCCAUCAGACCUGGGUUGAAUUCCACGCCCGAGCUGGGUGACCCUGGCCACAAAUUUGACAUCCUCGGUUUUCUCCUCUGUGAAAUGGGGAUCCUCAUGCCCACGUUGUACAGUCAGGAAGCUCAGAGAUGAUGCCCCUGCGGCGCCCAGCCUGGCACUGUUACUUGGAGUCUUCCAGAAACCCAGCCAACACGCCAGCCCUUUCCUGGGAUCCCAGCCACACCACCAUGGGGGUCUCUGAUGACCCACCCAUGAGCUUGCCAGCGACUCGCUAACGCUGCAAAUCCUCCACCUGGCGGAGCUCUCGGGACACUUCUCGGCCACCUGUCCAGUCUGUGUUAGGGACAGAGAGGCAGCUCAGGGGCUCCUGGUAUCAUAGAACUGAAUCCUCUGCCAGUGCACUCCAGCUUCUCCAUGUGGCAAGGCUGGGAAUACCCCUACCCCUGAUGCUCCCACUGGAGGGUAAUCUGGGGGACCACUAAGAAGCCAUGAGACCUUCUGGAAGCUCCGUAUUGGCCUAGGGGCCGGGGUGGGGGAGCGGGCACAGGUCAGUGGGAGGGGAGAUCUCAACAGGUAAAUACAGCCAUGGCAAGGAGAAGUCUUUUCACCCUCUGGGCUUUCAGGCUGCCCAUCUGUAAAAUGGGGACGUGGGUCAGCGGAUGUCUGGGGCUCUGGCCCACUACCAACGGCCAGGAACCAACACCAGGGUUCCCCAGGAAAUGGUGCCUUUCCCAGGCAACCUCAAUGCUUCGUGUCCCUGUGAAUCAUCGCAGGGCCUGUAAGUGGGCACAGGUACCGCCAGUUUGGGCCCCUCCAGGCCGAAGGGCAUCUGAGCCCACGCUCCAGGGGCUGUCACUAGAAGCGGGGCUGUGGUGUGAGCUCAGGGCAGCCCGGGCGCAUCCAGUGCAUCAUGGCCAUGUGAAUAGGCGGGGAGGAGGAUGCUUCUGCACAAGUUGGAGGUGACUGUGGCCUCCUUUGCCCCGAGUGGCGCUCAGCCUCUUGGGCAAAGUGAUAAGCUCUCCCAGGAGGCAGGCUGUGCUCAAGGAAGGACAGGACUCCCACCUUGUACACGUGGCAUCAUUGUUGUACAGAAACCGCCAAGGGAAUAAAGUGUUCUUUGUUUUUUUAA